AUGUCGGUGAAUCUGACUGAAAACGCGAUUCCGGCGAUAAUCGGCGGCGACGUGAACGCGAAACCUCUUGUUCAGGUUCUGGAUGUAGCGUUAAUCUCCAACGGCAACAACUCGCAGCAGCAGAGAUACCGUCUUCUGCUUUCCGAUGCCGUUUCGUCUCACCACGCGAUGCUCGCCACUCAGCUCAACGACCGAGUCAGAACCGGUCGAGUUCAGAAGGGUUCGGUUGUUCAGCUUCUCGAUUAUAUAUGCACUCCUCUCAAGAACCGCAAGAUUAUUGUGGUUCUAAACAUGGAAACUAUAAUAGCUGAUUUUGAGAUAAUUGGGAAUCCAAAGCCAUGUGUGGAUUCAGAUUUACCAACUGUGAGAGCUUUAGCAGAUAACACUGGGGGGAAUUUGCCCAGUAGUAAUAAUAGUAGUAAAAUUAUUAAUAAUUCUGCUGCUCAAAAUGCAAGCCAGAAUAACGCCCAGAAUUUCAGGCCAACAAUUCAACCUCCAUACCAACCGCCUCCAGUUUACAAAGGCCGUGGGGCAGUUAUGAAAAAUGAGGCGCCAGCACGCAUCAUUCCUAUAGCAGCUUUAAAUCCUUAUCAAGGUCGGUGGGCAAUCAGGGCAAGGGUAACUGCUAAAGGGGAUCUGCGGCGCUACAAUAAUGCACGCGGUGAUGGGAAAGUCUUCUCAUUUGAUCUCCUUGAUUCUGAUGGAGGUGAAAUACGAGUAACAUGCUUUAAUGCUGUUGUUGAUCGCUUCUAUAAUAUAAUUGAGGUUGGUAAAGUUUACAUGAUAUCGAAAGGUAGCUUAAAACCUGCUCAGAAGAAUUUCAACCAUUUGAAGAAUGAAUGGGAAAUUUUUUUGGAAUCAACUUCAACAGUUGAGCUGUGCCCAGAUGAGGAUGAUUCUAUACCUAGGCAGCAGUUCUCCUUCCGACCUAUCACUGACAUUGAGAAUGUUGAGAAUAACUCCAUCCUUGAUGUUAUUGGGGUUGUGACAUCUGUGAACCCUUCUGUUCCCAUCUUGAGGAAGAACGGAAUGGAAACCCAGAGAAGAAUUUUGAGUCUGAAAGACAGUUCUGGCAGGAGUGUUGAACUUACACUGUGGGGAGAAUUUUGCAACAGGGAAGGGCAACAGUUGCAAGAGAUAAUAGAUGCUGGGUUUUUCCCAAUUUUAGCAGUCAAAGCUGGGAAGGUGAAUGAUUUUAGUGGAAAGUCGAUAGGCUCUAUUUCUACCACGCAGCUUUUCAUAAAUCCUGAUUUCCCUGAGGCUAUUAGCUUGAGAGAAUGGUUUGAUCAAAUAGGAAAAGAUUCUGCCUCCCUUUCAAUUUCUAAGGACGUUGUUCCUGGAGGAACGAAGAAUGAGGUACGCAAAACUAUAUCUCAAAUCAAGGAUGAAGGUCUGGGACGGUCAGACAAGCCAGACUGGAUAACAAUAAGGGCUACCAUAUCAUUCAUCAAGACUGAUACAUUUUGUUACACGGCUUGCCCUCUUAUGAUUGGAGAUCGACAAUGCAAUAAGAAAGUGACUAGGUCAGGAAACACAAGAUGGCAAUGUGAUAGAUGCAAUCAAGAAUUUGAGGAGUGUGAUUACCGAUACCUUCUCCAAGCUCAAAUCCUGGAUGGCACAGGAUUAACUUGGGUAACUGCUUUCCAGGAAGCAGGUGAAGAGAUAAUGGAGUACUCAGCGAAGGAUCUGUACUUGUUGAAACAUGAACAGCAGGAUGAUGAGACGUUUGGAGAAAUAAUCAAGAGUCGACUCUUCAAACAGUUUAUGUUAAGGCUGAAAAUCAAAGAGGAAUUAUAUGGCGAUGAACAGAAGGUGAAGAUUACUGUAGUCAAGGCAGAUAAGUUGAAUUAUUCUUCAGAGAGUAGAUACAUGCUUGAGUCGAUUUCCAAAUUUUUUAGGCAGUGA